UCGUUUCAAGCGUGAAGAGAGUGAGCUUUGGAUGAAAAUGUCACAUUACAGCGCAAAAAAAAGAAAAUUAGACAAACAUGCACAGGAUAACCUGUACUUUGACAGCUAUGCUGAUGUUAAUAUUCACGAAGAGAUGAUUGCGGACACUAUUCGGACUAAUACUUACAGACUAGGCAUUCUGAGAAACAGGAAAGCGAUGGAAGGUAAAGUUGUGCUGGAUGUCGGCGCAGGCACUGGCGUUCUGAGUAUAUUUUGUGCCCAAGCUGGGGCCCGGAAGGUAUACGCUGUGGAAGCAAGCUCGAUUGUCGAGCAGGCUGUGCGCAUUGUAAAACUGAACAGCAUGGAAGACAGAGUUGAAGUCAUUAAAGGCACACUAGAGACCGUUGAUCUUCCUGAGCAGGUGGACGUGAUAGUCAGCGAGUGGAUGGGGUACGCGCUGCUUCACGAGUCCAUGCUGAAUUCGGUGAUCUUCGCCCGCGAUAAAUGGCUUAAACCCGGUGGCCUAAUUUUACCCGACAAAGCCGAGCUGUUUAUCGCGCCCAUUAAUGACCUGGUAGUCGAGGACCGUUUGAAUUUUUGGAGCACCGUCAAAAGUCAGUAUGGCGUAGACAUGUCCUCUAUGACUGAUUUCGCAAAGAAAUGCAUUAUGAACAGAGACAUCACUGUGAACCUGGUGACGGUCGAGGACGUGCUGUCCCACCCGUCUAAGUUUGCCGACCUGGACCUUUACACAGUGACGAUGGAGAAUCUCAGGUCUGUGCGUGGAGGUUUCCGAUGCGAGUGUUUCGGCUCCUCCUCCAUCAACGCCUUCUGCGUGUGGUUCGCUGUGACUUUUGCUGGUGAGGACAAGCCUCUAGUCCUCUCCACGUCCCCGUUCAGCCCGGAGACGCACUGGAAGCAGGCUGUACUGUACCUAGAUGAAGCAGUGGACGUUAUGCAAGAUACCAAGGUAGAAGGGAGAAUUAAUAUGUACCCUUCCGAAGAGAGCGCCAGACAUAUAUGUAUUCACGUGGACUACACGGUCGGUGAACAUAAAACAAAGUCAAAGACGUUCUCCAUUCCCGAUGGAUAUUCUGAUUGUCUGUAGAGACGUACAUCCUUUAGGAGGCUUCUAUACUUUGAUUUGAUACAUCUAUUAUUCACCUCACUGUUAUUUCCCCCCUGGCAUUGGAGAAAAAGUAAACAUACUGAAUACCAAAAACUCUGUAUUAAUGAGUGAACAUGGAAUACAGAUCUGCAACCAAAUGAAUCUUGUGUAUCCACAUAUUACAAAUUACACCAAAAUUAAAUUAGAACUUGAAGUAGCCAUUUGUCUUCUACACAGAACAUUUCACAAAAAAGGAGGAAGUUCUAAACAAUUCUUAACAGAAGGCAGACUCAUUGAAACUUCUUUAUUUCAUUAUUUAUCAUUCUGUAAUUGCUGUUACAAACCAGUUUAUUGUAUGUGUGUAAUAUCUUAUAGGUUAGAUUAUUUUCUUUGGUUGUGUGUAUGUGUGUGUAUGUGUGUAAUAUAAUCUAAAACAUGUGCAUGUGAUUCCCCUCCUUUGCAGAAUAAAAGUGUUUUAGGGCACAGGUUCCCAGCCAUCGUCAUGGAUAUAUGAUGAUCUAUUGAGUUUAGCUCUAGCCCAGUUCAGGUGCACUUGAUGCAGAUAAUUAUUUCUAUCAUUUCAACCUGAUUCAAUUUAGGAAGUCAUGCAGCUAUUAAAAUUGCAUAGAUUAGUGGGUAAAAGCCAAAGCCAUUUGUAUCAAGAAAAAAGUUAAAUAGAUAGAACAUGAUAAUUGGCUAAACAAAAUUCUAAAUUUUCUCUACAUCUAGUUAACAUUAGAGACAGAAGUGGAAAAUGUGAGUCCUUUAGGUCAGCCAUGUCUUUACAUUUUAUUUGGACAUACAUUUAUUUCAGCUGCUGCUGUUUGUACUCAGUGGCCUAUACAGCAGAUACUACUGGCUUGAUAGCUAAACUCAGGUUCAAACAGAAGCCAUACCCAGCUAGCAGUCUGCGUGUGUGCUAAUUCUAUCCGCUUAGCUGGCUCCAGUGUAUUGAGUUUAGUAAUGCAGGAUGAAAAGAAGAGGUGGAUUUGAUGCUUCUGCCAUAGAGGUUGACCUAGCCUUGAUUUCCAGCAUGGAGUAUCAUCUGGACAUGUUGUGCUGCCAAACUGAAAUAAGCCUUCCCAUUGAAAGUUAGGACACUUAUCUAUUUCAAACCCAAGUCAUUUCUUUUAUUGUGAAUCAAGCAAAAAGAUUUGAUGUUUGUAAACUGGUUAAUGUGAAUGUUACCAAUCAGAUGGCCCCCUUUAAUUCCAUUGUCAAAUCAUAUGAGUUGAAUCAAAAGUAAGCUUGUCACUGGGAUUAUAAUGAGAAUUGCAAUAGACUAAAGGGAGAAAAGUCGGUAAAAGAAAAUUCCACCAGAAGUGGGGUUAUUUUUCUCCUCCAUAUCUAAUAUCGUUCUUGACUUGGUUGUGGUAUUUAAAAUAUCUGAUAAUGUUCUUCUGACUUGGUUAUGGUACUUAAAAACCACAACACAUGGAAAUAUGUCUAGGUUCAGAUCUUUGAAAAGUAAAUUGUUUGGAAAAUGUCA